GGAUUUUGAUACAAAAAACAACAAUUCUAUGACUAAAGCCCAUUCACAUCAUGCUUGUAUGCAUGCACACAAUGCUGGUUGAUAAAAAGGUGCAGGUGUGGGAAUGUUAUCAACAACUUGACAUCACAGUGUGCUGAUAAGCUAGAAUAAUACAGCUGCCUGCUCAGCCCUGCUGCCAGCUGAACAAAAGUUAAUCACAUGAUAUCUAUACAGAAUAACAGCUUCCUUCUUCUCGCUUCUUCUACCUCUCUUAUAUCACACUUAUACUGAUGAUGGCUUUAUCUAAGGGACCACUGGCAAGAGCUGAGAAGAUACAGACACCAAUCCCUAGACUAACAGAAAGCAACUGUAUAGCAGCCAUUGACUUUGGGACAUCAUCAGUAUCAAUAGCAUACACCACUCCAACUGAAGGGCAGAUCAGACUGGUAAAACUUCACAAAACUUAUGAAAGAGUCCCUAAUGCUAUACUAAUCACAAAGGACCAGAAGAAUCAACAAUGCAAAGUCAUUGGGAUUGGCCAUAUAGCACAAAGUGAGUACAGUGAUUUAAAAAAUGAUGCCGAAAACUUCAUUUACUUUGAAAGAAUAAAGAAUUUACUAAAAAGAGAUAAAUUAGUAGAUCGCACUACUGAAGUCUCUUCAUUCACUGGUGGAUCUUAUUAUCUCAUUGAAGUUAUAGCUUUUAUACUAACACACCUCAAGAAGCUACUGACUGAUCAUCUCAAAGGGAACUAUAAGUCAACUGAUUUUGAUUGGAUCAUUACUGUUCCUGCUAUAUGGAAAGCAAGAGCAAGAAGAAUGAUGAGAGAAGCUGCUUAUAUGGCUGGUCUGACUUCUGAUGCUCCUGGUAUAACAAAGUUCACUCCAGUUGAUUCUCCUUUACCACGUCCAGAGGAGGUUAAUCCUGAGAAGCUAUCAUUAGCUCUAGAACCAGAAGUAGCUGCUAUAUAUGCACAGCAUCAGUCAGAAGUAUCAGGAACACCUCCACAGAGAUAUAUGGUAGUUGAUAUAGGAGGAGGUACAGUUGAUAUUACUGUACAUGAUAAGAGUAAUGGGAGAAUUAGUGUAGUACUACCAUCAACUGGUAACACCUGGGGAGGUACUACU